AUGAGAAAAACACCAUUUACUUUGUCUAUACAUAGAUCCUCUCUUUUUUCCUGUGCUAAUUCUUUAUGGAAAUUGAGAAUAAACAAUAAAUAUCUAUCAGCAACAGCAUUGCCUAAAUUUUCAAAAAAAAACGAUAUAGAUUUAAUGAAAACAACAAUUACAGAAGUAAAUGAAGAUGGAUCAGCACUUAGUGGUACUUAUCAUUUUUUUAAAGAAAAAAACUUAAAAUUGCAUUUAGAUAAUUCUAGCAUAGAUUCAAAAAUUAGGCAUUUUACUGUUAACUUUGGUCCUCAACAUCCAGCAGCACAUGGAGUCCUUCGACUAAUUCUUGAAUUAAAUGGAGAAGAAAUUCUCCGGGCAGAUCCUCAUAUUGGACUUUUACACCGAGGUACAGAGAAAUUAAUUGAAUAUAAAACAUAUUUGCAAGCUUUACCAUACUUUGAUCGUUUAGAUUAUGUCAGUAUGAUGACAAAUGAACAAUGCUUUUCUCUUGCAGUUGAAAAACUACUCAAUAUUGAAGUACCGGAGCGAGGUCAGUUUAUAAGGACAAUGUUUGGUGAAAUUACUAGGAUUUUAAAUCAUUUAAUGGCUGUUUUAUCACAUGCAAUGGAUGUUGGUGCACUUACUCCGUUUUUAUGGGGACUUGAAGAACGGGAAAAACUUAUGGAGUUUUAUGAACGUGUAUCAGGUGCACGACUUCAUGCAGCAUACGUGCGUCCUGGUGGUGUUUCUCAAGAUUUACCUAUUGGAUUAUUAGAUGACAUAUAUGCUUGGGCAACACAAUUUGGAGAUCGUAUUGAUGAAACGGAAGAAUUAUUGACAGAUAAUAGAAUAUGGAAAGCAAGAACAGUUGGAAUUGGUCGUGUUAACGCAAUGGAUGCACUAAAUUAUUCAUUUUCUGGCCCAAUGCUAAGAGGCAGUGGUAUUCCAUGGGAUAUACGAAAAGUUGCUCCCUAUGAUGCUUAUGAUAAAGUAGAAUUUGGUGUUCCAGUAGGCCAGAAUGGAGAUUGUUAUGAUAGAUAUUUAAUAAGAAUACAAGAACUUAGGGAAUCUUUAAAUAUUAUUUAUCAAUGUUUAAAUAAAAUGCCAGAAGGACCAGUCAAAGUUGAUGAUUGGAAGAUUUCUCCACCACCACGAGCAGCAAUGAAAGAAAAUAUGGAAGCAAUGAUUCACCAUUUUUUGCUUUUUACUAAAGGAUACAGUGUUCCUCCUGGAGAGACAUAUACUGCAAUUGAAGCCCCAAAAGGAGAAAUGGGUGUUUAUGUAGUGUCAGAUGGAAGUGAGCGUCCUUAUCGAUGCAAAAUUAGAGCACCCGGAUUUGCACAUCUUGCUGGUGCUGAUAUGAUUUCUAGAAAUCAUUAUCUACCCGACAUGGUUGCUAUUAUUGGUACAAUGGAUCUUGUUUUUGGAGAAGUUGAUAGAUAA